AUGCAGCUAAGCGAGGCUUGGCGCAAGUACUUGACUUCGCGGUCAACCACCUAUCUGUCGACUGCUGCUACACAUCCCAAAACCGAAAAGAAAAUGAGCCCAAAGCAAGCAAGAAUGAAAACUGCUAGCCCUUCGUCAGCAACCAUGUCCUUGGACGACCUCCAACUUCAACGAAGUGCCCAGAACCCGAUGUCCCAAAACAUCUCCCCGCGGUUGUUGCAAGACGGAGGCCCAGGGAGCUCAUCAGUUUCCGAGUUAGAGAAGGCGCCGAGCUUGAGGCGUCCACAGAAGGUCGUGACAGUCAUCGUCGGCCCCGAAGACACAAAGGAAACAUAUAUCAUUCACAAGGGCAUCAUCUGCUACUAUUCGCCAUUCUUCAAUGCUGCGUUCAAUGGCAAUUUCGCUGAAGGCGAGACUCAGACCAUGCGCCUCGAUGACGUCAACUCCGAAACUUUUGGCCUCUUAGUGGACUACUUGUAUACUCAGCAGAUCGACGUUGACCCGAAAGAUUACGAUGGGAACAUCAUUCCCCUCGCCCAACUUUGGGUGAUAGCAGGUCGAUUCUUUAUGCCUGCGCUACAGAACAAGAUCAUGAAUGAACUCAGAACAAUGGUCGAGUGGGCAGAGGAGGAGGGGCUGAGGAAGUUUAUGCACUUUGCAUACGAGGCGUCGGUCGAGAGGACACCACUGAAGAGCCUUGCUACAGAUAUGAUGGCAUGGAUGACCCCGGCUGCAGGACUACAAAUCUGGAUCACUAAAGGGUACUUGCCCGAUGGUAUGAUGGCCGACAUCAUAAUGAGCUUGAAGAAGGAUCAUAUCUUUGGAGCCAAGCCCACGAGGAAAUUUGGCGUAUUGGGAAGGGCCAAGGAAUACUACGUUCGCGUGGGAGAGGAGGCUGCUGCUCCGAAGCAGGAGAAACAAGGCGUAGAGAAGAUGCCGACGCCAUAUUUCUCUGAGAGCUGUGUAAAUAUCGCUUUGCCGCCUUUAGCCUUAAGUCACAUCAAGGACAAUCUCUCCACCAGCCCCGAUAUGGCUUCCAUCAUCGUGCCAGAAUUUGUUAAAAGAGAGCAGCAGCAGCUCCUACAAGCGGAACCCGAAGAGCUUGUCACAAUCAUAGUAUCAGACGGAGAUGAGGAGGAAGAAUAUAUGGUACACCGGGAGCUCAUCUGUAGCUGCUCAGUCUACUUCAGCUAUAUCUUCAACAGCGUUAUAGACGGCAGCAAGGACAACAGUGUGACGACUUUGCGAUUAGAAGACACGGAUCCCGAAAUCUUCGGGCUCGUCGUCCGCUGGAUAUACACCUCUGACAUCGAAAGCGCGGAAGCUCUCAGCCUGGCCAAGUUGUGGAUGCUGUGCGCCGAGGUCCACAUGCCCGUCCUGCAGAACAGAGCGAUGGAUAAGAUACGCUCGCUCUUGAGAGCGGGGGUGUGGCCCGGCGAGAAUCUGGACGAUAUCAAGGCGCUCGUGGACUACGCUUUCGACGCGAAUACCGAUAGGCUCGAUCGGUUCCCGCUCUUGCAGAAGGCGUUGGUCGAUCACUUUGCAUACCUCCCGACUGGCGCGUUGGAUACUUGGAUGGAGCACCUUCCGGCCUUGCUACUCGUUCAUCUCACUAAGAGCUUGAACAGUCACUUCAAUAGGCUGCCGAUGGACUUGCAAAGCUGGGAAUUGAGAAAGGAUGAGCAGUAUCAUGUGGAAGUGCUGGACGACCGCGAAUAG